AUGCUAGGACGCCGGCUUCAAAAAGCAGCGGCGAAACCUUUCGACAAUCUCAGUGCCUCGAGCCGUCUUGUUCAAUUCUGUAGGCUAGGAUCAUCAAUUUUAGUCAUAGUUUUUACAAUGAUAGUUACAGUUGGAGCAUUGACGCUUCCUGAUAGACUUUACAUGGGCCAGAUGAAAACGUCGUCAAUUGACAUCGCUAACGGGUUGUUUCAGUUUCUUCAAUCCUCGGUUGAAUCAUCUACAGCCAACUACGUUAGCAAUGGGGUUGGACUCACAACUUCUGAGAUCUUGAUUCUGACGGAAUACACAGCAUUGCAAUCCAAAUCAGCACCGCAGUACGUCGUCUCCUCCGUUUAUGGCUGGUGUGAGGUUGAAAAUAGAACUACAGUAACCACAGGUCCCAGGGCUCAAAAUUAUACAGCUUGCAUACGAGAAGGUUCAGAUUACAUUUUUGACUACAGGAGCCUGAUGAAAGACGUGGGCCUUGAGGUAAUUCUGGAUUAUGCAUAUGGAACUCCCGAUGGCGGCACUUAUGAAACAAGCCCUUCGUACACACGCUAUAUGGAUUCCAGAAGAAAUACAAAGGAGAGAAUGGUGGUGUUACUGUAUAUUGUGGCAGUGUGUCAAGCACUUGUUCUGGCCUUGACUUUGUGGUACUAUUCGAUCAAAGGGCGAAAUCUUAACCAGUUCAAAGAGUUCAUGCUCGUGCAUACAAUAUCUGUGCUUUCAUUGCUAGUAUGCAUAUGCGCAUUGGUGAGUGCGAUAUCUUUGAUGGUAAUGAACAUGGAGCUCCGAUCAAAGAUAAAUAGUGAGCUUGGCGUGAUGGGUAUAUCCUACCAUUUGGGAGGGGAGUGGUCCGCUGCACUUUGGCUGGUGGCCAUUUUUUCUUGCAUUUCCUGCGCUAAUUGGUCCGGUUUAGUGUGGUGCAUUACUGAUAACGCUGUGGAACGAGAUGAAUCCUAUGAGUUAGGUAUACUUGCAUCUGCCAGUGAAAGUGUCCACCACCGUGACCACUCGCUAGAGCAAGCAGACACGGAAGUCGAAAGGCUGCAAAAACCUUUUUACCAAAAAGGUGACAGCUCUCAAGCAGGAUUUUUGGAAAACAGCUCGGUGGAGUCGCUAAAUCUUCUAGCCACAACCCAGACGGAGAACUCGAAUAUCAUAUAUCAGGAACCAGUGGUGCCGGCGUCAGCAUUCAACAUGUGA